AUGAAAGAGAGAAUAAGAUUUCUACAAGUUUUAUGGAUUUUGUGGAUAGAGUAUUGGCAUUGCAAGGCAAUUCUCCUGAGUAAACAUAGAAGGCGAUGGAUACAUAAAAGUUUCAAGCUUUUUGUGAAUAGAUUAAUGGCUUUGCAAGGAAAUGCUCCGUUAAACAGAUUCUCUCUCAAGUGUAAAGUUCGCUGUGAUUCAGCUUGCGUUGAUGGUUGGAUUAUCAAUGUAUUGGAUCGUGGUGUUUUAGAUCUUGAUCUAAACAUCUCUUCGGAAAGUGAUUAUAAGCUGCCUUCAGAGGUCUUCUUGAACAAGACAUUGGUUAGGCUGAAACUAGGAGGUAAAGAUGAGUUCAUCAUUGAUGUGGAAGAAGUUUUUCUUCCGAAGCUUAAGACUUUGUAUCUUCAUGGUUUCGUUUGUUUCGAAGAUAGUGGUGUUGCGUGUGCCAAGCUAAUUUCUGGUUGUCCUGUGCUUGAGGAGUUAGUUAUGAUUAAUUUGAUGUGGGGACUUAUGGACGUUUGCUCUGUGUCUAACCCGACUCUCAAGAGAGUAACAAUCUGUUCUGAGAUUAUUGAUUAUAAUCCUCAGAGUGUAUCAUUUGAUACUCCAAAUCUUGUUUACUUAGAAUUUACUGAUGUUGUUGCAAUCAAGUAUCCAAAAGUGAAUUUGGAUUCGCUUGUUGACGCCAGGCUCGGUCUUCGACUGACACCUUGUCAGACCACGAAGGCAAGAAGAUCAGUAAAAAGUGUGGGACAAGGAAUGAUGGGAAAUGCAGCAGAUUUUCUUAUGGGAAUUAGCAAUGUUAAGAUCCUUUACUUAUCAUUCGACACACUUGAGGUACUUAAUUUCUGCUGCAAAACAAUACCGCUUUUCAACAACCUGACUUACUUAACUAUCGAGACUAACGAGGAUGUAGGAUGGGAAUCAUUGUCGAAUAUACUCGAGAAUUGUCCAAAUCUAGAAACUAUCAUUUUCAAAGGACUUCAUUACAGAGAUACAAAUCAAUGUUGGGACGAGAGAUACCGCUUCAAAGACACAAACAAAUGUUUUGAAGAGGAUGCAGACAUGUGUAUGUGCAAGCCUUGGGAAGCGACUCCUAUCUGUCUAUCAUCAAGUUCGGUGAAGAUUCUAGAGGUAUUGAAGUUUGGAGAAGUCACUAGUUACAAAGAUGACAUGGAUAGGCAGACGGAGGUGAUUAAAUUCUUCUUGGAGACAAUGCCGAAUCUCGAACAAGUGAUAUUAUACUACGAUACUCCAUUUGAUGAUGAUCUGAGUAUAUUAUCAACUGAACUUCAGAUGCUUGAAAAAGUAGCCUCACCUAAAUGCAAGAUUCAAGUUAUCUCUGAUAACAUCAGCUACUCAUCUACUGUGCACUCUUCCUCAUCAACAAGUGGACUCGUCUUCCUCAACAACACCUUUCCGGUUUAA